AUGGGGAUCAAUUUCCUGUUUAACAAUUCUUUUCAUUAUAGAAGUCAAGUUCUACCCUCAGGUGACCUUCAAAUUACCGCUAAGUUCACUUUCAACAUGCCCGGGUUGGACACUCUGGAGGUUCCUAAUAUUCCAGAAGUGAAAUAUGAAUAUCUAGAUCACACUGCUGAUGUACAGUUACAUUCCUGGGGUAAUAACCAAACAGAAGCAUUUGAACAAAUUGCCAUGGCGAUGUUCAACUAUAUGACAACAAACUACGACUCAGUGGAUACUUCACAAAGAUUUGAAAUUGAAGCUGAUGGUCACGAUAUGAUGUCAUUACUUUUUCAUUUUCUGGAUGAAUGGUUAUUCGCGUUUUCAGCUGAUCCAUUUUUCAUUCCACGGAUUGUUAAAAUAACAGAAUUUGAUAAGGAAAAAUUCCACAUUAAAUCAUCUGGGUAAGUUCUGUGCUUUUUGAGGAAAAGAAAACCAAUGUCAUAUUAAUUUAUUGUUAUAGUUGGGGUGAACCUUUUGACAUUUCAAAACAUCCUCAGGUUGGUUAUACUCUUCGUUUUGUCCUUAAUGUUAAAGUACUUUGUAUAAUGUUUAGUUAUUUCGAUUAGUGAUUGCAAACUUAUUAAUGUGAUUUACAGAUUUAAUUUUAGAAAAGCACAAAAAGCCCUGUACCUCGUAAACGAAUUGCAUUAUUAUUAUUAUUAUUAUUAUUAUUAUUAUUAUUAUUAUUAUUAUUAUUAUUAUUAUUAUUAUUAUUAUUAAUGCUGUAGGAUUUAUUCCAAACAGCACGACAUUGGCUCAUACUUAACUUUCAACGUGUCUUUUAAAUCAUAUUUUAUUGAAGAUCAUAUUACUUUUAUUUCGAAUAGUUGUAGUUUUUAUUAAAUAUUUUCUUUGCAAAAUUCUAGGGUACUGAAGUGAAAGCUAUUACCUAUUCAAAUAUGCAAAUUCAUGAAAACGAACAUAUGCACGAAUUGUUUGUAAUUAUUGAUAUUUAAAAAAAAUUAUGUUUAUAUAUACAUUUAUUUGAAACUAAAUUUA